AUGAAGUACACAAUACCAACCUUUUUCGCAUUCGUUUGUCUGGCUUUACUUGCAACUGCCAAAAUCGAUAUUCUAUAUCCAUCAAAAGAUUACUGGUUAGUAGCAAAUAGUACAGCAACCAUACUAUGGAAUUCGACUGACCCGAGCGACCCUCAACGCUUCUCUAUAUUCUUGAUUAAUCCUAACGUUCCUGAUUUGAAACAAUACGCCUUAGCCAACAAUGCAAUAACCUUAAACCAUAAUGUUUCAAUUGCUGUACCAGAUUUAACUAAAGCCGGCGUACAGCAAGGGUAUUCAAUUAUCUUUACGAAUAUUGGCAACAUCACUGACGUUUAUGCUACAUCAGAGACAUUCGAUGUGAAAGCGAGUGGCAGCCCACCAUCGACAUACGCACCUCCUACACCCCCCUCUACCAGCGGUGGAAACAGCUCCAGCACUGGCAAGCCAAGUGGUUCAGAAAUUGUUAGCGCAAGAAUGUAUUUGAGUGCCUUCUUUGCCGUUGCGGUUGUAGCUGCGAUGAUGGCCAUUUAA